UCCUGGUUUUGACUCGCCCUUUUUCAGACCCGCGUUUCGCGCGCCACAGGGGGACACGUGGCUUUAACUCUCCGCAAUCGUCCGCCCCGCUAAUCCGCGCCAACCUUCUCCCCGCAAUAACUCUCCGCCAUGUCCGCGCCCCCCCCACCCGGCGUGCGCGUGCUUCCCGUGGACGUGUGGAGCGACAUCGCGUGCCCCUGGUGCUACGUCGGUAAAGCGCGGCUGGACGCGGCGAUAGCGGCGGUGGAGGCAUCCCCGGUGAACGGGCAGGCGGUGGCGGUGCAGGUCACGUGGCAUGCGUACAUGAUAGACAUGCGCACCAAGCGGCAGGGGGAGCCAUACCUGGCGUACAACCAGAGGCGGUGGGGAGGCGAUGGGUGGACCACCUCCCUCAGACGGUCAGGCGCUCGAAGCGGGCUCAAGUUUGCGGACUGGCAGUGGUGGCCCAACACACUGCACGCGCACAGGCUGGUGCACGCAGCGACGAAGCAUGGCAAGGGCAGUGAGGCGAAGCAGCGGCUGUUUGAGAUGACGUACGAGGAGGGCCGCAACGUGUCAGAUGCGAGGGAGCUCGCUGCUGCGGCCACUGCUCUCGGUCUCACCCACAUUGACUCUGCUGCCUACUUCGAGUCUGAGGAGGGGCAGCAGGAGGUGUUGGAGGACGAUGCCUAUGGGAAGAAGGAGCUCAACAUCACCGGGGUUCCCUUCUUUAUUGUCAACAAAAAGUACAGCAUAGCAGGCUGCCAGGAAACUGCUGCAUUUAAGCAGGUAUUUGAGAAGGCCCUUGCUAACUGACGUGUGUGUGGUCUAGUUGGGUCAAGGGAUGGGUGGCUGAGCAACUGCUGGAGAAGCCGGAGUUUGUGCUCGAAACCGCCAGUCAGUUUUGUCUAUGGUAUGGAAAUGAAUAAAUCACAAGCACGAAAAGUUGAGAAACAAGAACAAUUUUAUUGAAUGAGCAUGUUACCCCUUUCUUAU